UGUAACUGAUUGCAUGGUCACUUUCCCUGUUAUUUGGACUCAGUCAUGUCAAACAACAGCGCCGCCAAUAGCAGUUUAGUCAUCGCCCAGAAGGCAGUGAAGCAGCUUCGUCUAGAGGCCAGUGUCCACAGGAUAAAGGUUUCUCAGGCUGCUGCAGAACUGAAGACCUUCUGUUUGCAAAAUGCCCACAAGGACCCUCUCCUCACUGGGGUGCCCUCCAGUGACAACCCUUUCAGGCCUCCCAAGUCAUGUGUCCUCCUCUGAGGACAGUGAAGAAGUGCAGAACGCUCAAACAGAUGCCUGAUCAUUCCGAUGUGGAUUACCGUCAUGUGACCCACUGCCUCUGAAGAUAAAGAAGUCAAGACCAUACAUACACUCAUGUGCACACACACUCACACUCACACACACACACGCACACACACACACACACACACACACACACACACACACACACACACACACACACACACACACACAC